AUGGAGACCGAAGGUAGCUGCCAGUGUUCGAUCAACGCUCUGCAGACCUUGACCGAGCUUCGUAACGUCCACACUGUUGUGGAAUUAGGGACUAUCCUUGACCUGGUUCAUCGCGUUUACAGCCAAGGCCAGGUUAUGCUCCAGUGCAAGGAGUGUAGACAAGCCCCUUCGUCGUCCAUGGUCACCAUUCCGGCACUGGCGGAGCAAUGCCUUUCUCUCUUCGAAGCCGUCUGUUUGGCAUACAGUAUUACCCGCCAGAACACGCUUUUUGACCCCAAUGCGCUGGCAUUUGAACAGCCUCUGCCGCAAUUCAUCUGUAUUCGCAGCAAGGUCCAGUUGGGAGAGACUGAGAUGGAUGAAGACGACUCCGGAGUACUGGUGCGGAUGCUCUUGAGUCGCAAUCUCAUCAAGCUUGUCGAGCUCUUAAAAGCCCUGCGGGAGGUCCUGCGAUCGCUAUCCAAAGAAACUCCGCCGUCGCACCGAACGGGGCCUCUCCGAGCUUGCGAGUCGUCGGUUGAGUCCACUAUCCGCCGAUUCGCAGUUUUUAUGGAGCAAAUCGAGCUGGAUCCCAUGUGUUGA